AUGGCACAACAAGCUAGAGUUUUGAGCUCCAUUGGGGCGCGAUCGCUUUCCACGGAAGCCACUACCAUCAAGGAACUCCCCGGCGAUGAACCCAACGAUGUCGUUUUCGAAAGCAAAUACGGUCUUCGCACCGUCAUGCUGAACCGACCGAAGAAGCUCAACUCUCUCAACGGCUCCAUGAUUCGCAAGAUUGUACCCCGUCUGGUUGAGUGGGAAAAGAGCGACAUGGCCAAUAUUGUGGUGAUGAAGGGUGCCGGCGAAAAGGCUCUUUGUGCGGGUGGUGAUGUUGCCGCCCUGGCUGAGUAUAACCAGGAGGGCGGCGAUGGGUGGAAGAAGUCGGCUGAGUACUUUGGCCUCGAAUACAAACUGGACCACUACAUUGCUACGUAUCAGAAGCCGUAUAUUGCUUUUAUGGAUGGCAUCACCAUGGGCGGUGGUGUUGGUCUCAGCAUCCACGCCCCUUUCCGAAUCGCCACUGAAAAGACUGUCUUCGCCAUGCCCGAAACAACGAUUGGCUUUUUCCCCGAUGUUGGAGCAUCGUUUUUUCUGCCGCGGAUGAAUGGAGCUGUUGGAACCUACCUCGCCCUGACUAGCGAGCGUCUGACCGGUCCCAACGUGUUCUACUCUGGCAUCGCUACGCACUACCUUCACUCUACAAGCUUGCCCGAUCUUGAGGCUCGCUUAGCUGAGCUGAGAUUCAGGGAUGAUGAUCCUCUCCCGCAGAGACUCGCCAUUAUCAACCACACUCUUGAGGAGUUCUGCACUGGUUUGCCAUAUGACCAGCAAAUGCAGCUGGGCGGCGCGGUUCGCCAGGCAGUUGAUCGAUGCUUCAGCAAGAACAAUGUAGCCGACAUUAUUACUGCCCUGAAGGCAGAGAAGGGGGAGACAGAGGAGUGGGCCCAGAAGCAAUUGACUACGCUAAACAAGCGAUCGCCGACAGCAGUGCAUGUGACUUUGAGGCAGAUGCGAGUUGGCGGCAAAUGGGACAUUGCUGAGACGUUCAACAAGGAGCAUCAGAUUGCUAGCAAGUUUAUGCAACACCACGACUUCACCGAGGGUGUGACGGCGUUGUUGGUUCGCAAGGAGAAGCCCAAGUGGAAGCCUGAGUCGUUAGAAGCCAUCCCUGCCAGCGAGAACGUCUCGCAGCCCUUCUUUGACUUUGACAAGGAGCACUCCCUGGAGCUAUUUUCUGAUCGAACCUACUCCGAGUACCCCUACCAGGGCCUUGGUAUACCCACAGAGAAGGAAAUCAAGGCUGCCGUCAGUGGUAACAGCUACACUCCACAGGAACUGACCAAGAUUAUUGUUGCGUCACGGAACGGACGUCAGGGUAUAGCGGACAUUGUCAACGAAAUUAUCAACCGCAAAACUACGGUUGAUGCCCAGGGCAAGGUGAAGUGGGUAAAUGAGGAUGCAUCGGCAAGCAGCCGAUUGUAG